UAGUCUUUAUAUCACCAACUCGAUAAUAAAAAAUAUUAUAAAAUUUUCUUAGUCCAAAAAAUUUUAACGUGAGUUUUACUUUCUACGAAAUUAAUUGACGUAAAAAAAAAAAUGGAUAGCAAAAUUCUAUUAUUGAUUUCCAUAGUAACUUUAAACAGUACAAUUACAACUUUCGGUUAUUUGAUACACGACGACUGGAUAGUAUUGCGAGAAUUAAGCGAAUCUUGUGAAAACGAUUUCGAUUGCUUGAAAUUAAGCUUCGCAAAAUGCAACAAAAAUAAAAAAUGUGAGUGCAUAAAUAAUUUUAUAGCAUCUGAUAGAUUCAAAUGUUUACCACUCAUAGGGGGGUAUUGUACGGAAGAUAAAAAUUGUUUGAUUAAUAACUCUGUUUGUGUUAACCGGGCGUGUAAAUGCAAACCGAAAUUUUUUGAAAAAUCAAAUCGAUGCAUUCCAACAACGUUAUGGAAAUCCUGUGAAACCGAUGAUGAUUGUAACUCUAUAUUUCAUGCUGAAUGUUCUAAAAAUAAAACAUGUAUUUGUAGAAGAAAUACUAUCGUAGUAAACGACGCAAUGUGUCAGCCCCUGUUAGGAGGAUUUUGUUGGAAUAAUGAACCUUGCGCAGCUUCUAAUUCCAUUUGCAUGAAUAAUGAAUGCAAAUGCAAAAAAAAUUACGUUUCCGUAGCAAAACACGAAUGCGUUCUAAGUUUUUUGGGAAAAACUUGUAAGAGAGAUAGAGAUUGUUUAGAAAUAAGACUUGCACGUUGCUCGGAAAAUAACACAUGUAUUUGUGAAACGUACAAGAUAUCACAUGGUCACAAAAUCUGUUUGCAAGUCUUGGGUGAAAAUUGUUUAGAAGACAAAGACUGUGCAUCUAGAUCUGCUCUGUGUAUUAAUAGUAAAUGUCGAUGUGCGCCAAACUACGUACCAAUAUCUGAUUAUGAAUGUCUUGAACAAUGGAAAUACAAUUUAUAUGCUGGACUAUAAAAUCAAAUUAUUUUUUUAGCCAACCAUAAAAUCUUAAAUAAAUUAUUUUACUCCCAUAAUAAAAAUAUAUUGUUCCUCGUUAUAAAUAAA